UCCAGCAAAGCCAAGCCCUAUUACCAAUCCCCAAUUCCCGAUUCCAAAACCCUAAUAACUUGUGUGCCCCUUUCCAAUCUCAAAUUUUAUCCAAUUCUCGCUCUCUCCUUAACUUCUCGCAAUGACUUUUAGUUUUAAUUUGACCAAUUUUCGCCUCUGCUUCAUGUGUGUACAUAUAUAGGUUGAAGUGAACAUAUGUAGUAGUACUCAAAACGCGGCGCUUUUGGUGCAUUAAUAUCUCAAAACUUGAAAUUUUGCUGCGAUUUGAAGUGGGGUUUCAGUCAUCUGACAAUGAGUGGCAGAGGAGGGAGGGACAGAUUUCGUAGGGAACAUCCUUUGAGAUCUGAAGAGAAAAGCCAUCAUGGUCGCAGUAAUCCUCCAUCAAGACAUCUUUGGGUUGGAAAUCUUUCGCACAACCUGGACGAGAGUUCUUUGACCCAUCACUUCUUACAGUUUGGUGAGCUUGAAAGUGUUGCAUUUCAACCUGGUCGAAGCUAUGCCUUCAUUAAUUUUAAAAAUGAGGAAGAUGCCUUUGCUGCCAUGAGAGAACUCCAAGGUUUUAGUGUUGCUGGCAAUCCACUUAGAAUUGAGUUUACAAAGGCGGAAAAAUCAACCCCACAGCGUGAUGACAACUACUCACAACGUAGGGAUGAGCAGCGUACAGCAGUGAGAGGUUCCCCUUUUUCACAGAGGGACUCAAGAGUACGUCAUUCUAGUCCUGAUUUUCCUUAUCCAGACAAAUCUAAAGUGCAUGAUAAGAACGUGGAACCCAGUGAGGUGUUAUGGAUUGGCUUUCCCGCUCAACUGAAAGUUGAUGAGUUCAUUUUGAGGAAAGCAUUUGCUCCAUUUGGAGAGAUAGAGAAGAUUACAGCAUUUCCUGGCCGUACUUAUGCUUUUGUUCGUUUCAGAAGUGUUAAGGCCGCCUGUCGGGCAAAAGAUACUCUUCAUGGGAAAUUAUUUGGCAAUCCCCGUGUACAUUUAUGUUUUGCCAAAAGCGAAUCUGGAACAUCAAAUAGAGAAAGGAACUCAAUUAAUGCUCCCCAGUCUCCACAAUUCAGGUCUCAUGGACAUGCCUCUGACAGCAGCCGUAAGGACAGGGAUUUUGGUGGCUUAACGGGAGAUCUCAAUGUCAGAUCUCCUAGGUUUAUGUCAAAUUUUGAGCCCGGUGACCCAGAUAUAAUGAGUUUUGGCAGUAAGAACGAUGCAUGGGCCGGUGGGAAUGGUGCUUUUGAGCAGAGGUUCUACGACUUGAGCUCUGAGCAAGGAAUACCAGGAAAUGCCUAUGAGCACCGUAGUAGUCCUCCAGGGAGCAGGGGUCCACACUUUCGUGAGUUUUCUCCUCUGGAAUUUCCUAGACAAGGUCCAUAUGAUGAUGAUCCUUUUGAUUUGCCUGAAGAUUCCUUGCUUUUUCCUGGAGCUAAAAAACUGAAAACCAGCUCCUUUGCUCCAGAAAAUGAGUUGCCAGAGUAUCCUUUUUCUGAUUCAGCAAAAGCAAAACGUGUUCCUUCUGGAGUCUAUAUGGAUUUCCAGCCUGAUGCUUAUGAAAAAAGCAGUGAUUCUGAACCUUUUGGUUAUAAGCAGAUUCAAGAUCACCCUGUAAAGUCAACUCAAAAUUAUGAUGUUAGAAAUGAUCAUUGGAGUGCACCUUAUGAUGGUUUUCAAAUGGUCUCUGCUCCAUUACCUUCAUACCCCGAACGGACAAGAUUGGCACCUGAAUCUCAGCAGUUAUAUGUUAAUAAAGAGUGGAAAUGGGAAGGGACAAUAGCUAAAGGUGGAACUCCUGUGUGUCGUGCUCGCUGCUUUCCUGUGGGUAAACUUAUGGAUAUGGUGCUGCCUGAAAUCUUAGACUGCACAGCAAGGACUAGCUUGGAUAUGCUUGCAAAGCAUUACUACCAAGCUGCUGGUGCUUGGGUGGUUUUCUUUGUUCCUGCAAGUGAUCCUGACAUAGCUUUGUAUAAUGAAUUCAUGAAUUACUUGGGGGAGAAGCAGAGAGCAGCUGUUGCCAAAUUAGAUGAUAAGAACACGUUGUUUCUUGUUCCUCCUUCAGACUUCUCAGAGAAAGUACUGAAAGUACCAGGUAAAUUGAGCAUCUCUGGUGUUGUUCUGAGAUUAGAGCAUCCUGGUCCCAGUUAUGGAUCUAUCCAUCAGCAAGAGAAGAAAGAGGCGAACUUUACAUCUUUACAUGGUAGCACAUCGGUUGUGAAGCCAAUAUCACCCUCAGGGUUGUAUCCUAGUAUGCCAACUUUACCAGACAUUGAUAGACCUCCAGUAAGAAAUACAUCUUUUACUGAGAAUUUCUCUUCAGGACCUCUACCUGCAUCAUUUUCAAGAUCUGAUGUAAGAAAUACAUCUGGCAACUUGUCAGACUCCAUUGGUGACACCAGGCAUGUUAAUGCAUUUCCACAGCACAAAACUAUGGUAGGUCCAAAAUGGUCUCCUCACGACAUGCAAAAUUUAAGUUCAAACAUCCGGAAUAUUCGAUCACAGACAAAUAGCAUGGUUAAUUCCAUCACUGAGGGGUAUAACCCACAACCUGUGAGCAGAAUUGGCAACCAAGCCCUUCAAGAAAACUUUCCCGCUCUUUCAUCAAUGCCUCCCACCGCUCUCCAGCCUGAGCAACUUGUGCAGUUGGCUACUACUAUUCUUGGACAGCAGAGGCACUCUGGGGCUGUAUCUACAGGCUCAGACUGGGCACAGCAAAACAAUGCACUACCAAAUUAUCAAGUUGGUCCUGAGACUUCAUUGUCACAAUAUGGACAAAUACAGCAACUGCAGCAGCAGAUUCCAAAUUUGCCUGCAAUGCCUCAAAGAGAGCUUCAGCCUGGUUCUCUGGUGAAUCAACAACAACAAAAUGCUGGACAGGGGGAAGGUGACACAGAGAAACGCUUGCAGGCAACUUUGCAGUUGGCAGCUGCUCUUCUACAGCAAAUUCAACAGGGCAAGGGGACCUGACAAAGUAGCAUCUGUAUUAGGGAAAGUGUUGAAUGAUAUAUAUCAACUGGAAGUAUAUAGUGAAAGUAUUUCAGCUUGAAUUAACCUAUAGAAAUCGAACCAGCCAGAUUUAAAGGCUAUGUUGAUAUUACAAGUUUUGACAUUUUCAGGUCAUAUUCUGGUUUAGCCUUUCUGUGUAUAUGCCAAGUGUGGUUCUUGUCUACAGGUUGCCUUGCUAAGGGCUGACCCAAGGAAUGUGAUUUUCUUUAUUGGUUCUUGUUCACAGGUGCAGUUGCCAUGUUAGGGGCUGGCCCAAGGAAUGUGAUUUUCUUUACUUA